GCGGACAUUCUGCUGCUGCCAUUGCAUGGACUGUGGACUCCUACUGGAACAAGCCUAUAGCGGUCAGAAUGAUUAUGAUGCCUCUGGGGUCCCUCCUUUCUGCUCUGUGUUUCCUGGGGGCUGUCAUUCCAGAAGGGCUGCAGUAUGCCACCUUUUCAUACAACACAACCAAGUUUCUUCACCUGAUUAUGGAUUCUGAGUCUGGGACUCUCUAUCUGGGGGCUACCAACUUCCUCUUCCAGAUGACAGCGGACCUGGUGAUGGAGGAGGCUGUCCCCACGGGGCCUUCCUUAGACAGCAAGGAUUGCCUUCCUCCUGUCACAAAGCAGGACUGUCCCCAGGCCCAGGAGACGGACAAUUACAACAAGCUGCUCUUGAUCAACUCACUGGAGAAGGAGCUUAUAGUGUGCGGCAGUGUAUGGCAAGGGAUCUGUGAGAAGAGGAACCUUGGCUUCAUUAACCAUGUUAUCUUCCAACCCUGGACGCCAGGAGACACUCAGUACGUAGCAGCAAACGAUCCCAAUAUUUCCACCGUGGGCCUCGUAGGGUACUCCAAAGACCACGUGCCGCUGUUGUUCGUGGGUCGAGGUUACACCAGUCGAGGAGUAGGUGGCAGCAUUCCUCCCGUCACGACCCGGAAUCUCAGGGCCCACCCUGGAGAGGCCCCUGGAUCGGACUCUCACUCCAUCUUCUCCUAUGAAGAAACAGCAAAGCUGGCUGUGGGCCGGCUCUCGGAAUAUAACCACCAUUUUAUCAAAAGUUUUACUCACGGCUCCAGCGUCUACUUCCUGUUUUACCGGCGGGAUCUCAAGUCACUGUCUCGCGAGUACAGGACCUACAUUUCUAGGAUCUGCCUGGACGACUCUCACUAUUACUCCUACGUAGAGUUGCCGUUGCUCUGCCGGAGCAAAGAGAAGACUUACAGCCUCCUGCAGGCUGCCUAUGUUGCACAGCCGGGCGGGGAAGGCGAGCUGGGCGCGGCCCAGGGAGACGUCCUCUUCACUGCCUUUUCCGCCUGGCACGCUUCCUCGGGGAAGCUGAGUGAGGAAUCUGCACUCUGCAUUUAUACAAUGGACCAGGUGAACCGCCUUGCUACUCAGACCAGGGACCUCUGUUACACCAAGGACGGCCGAUCGGAGGAGGGCAUAGAGGUGGCUUACAUAGAAUACGACGUCAACUCUGACUGCGCCAGAUUGUCCGCAGACACUUUGGAUGCCUACCCAUGCGGCUCAGACCACACCCCCAGCCCCAUGGCCAGCCGGGUGCCACUCGAAGCAGCCCCAAUCCUGGAGAAGCCGGACGCCCGUCUGACUGCAGUCGCUGUCAGCAUCGAAGACGGACACACCGUCGUUUUCCUGGGGGACAGCAGAGGUCGGCUGCACAAGGCUUACUUGGGAUCGAUGGGGCACGCCGACCUGUACGCUUCUCUGGUGAUCCAGCCAAACAGCGCAGUGAGUGGAGACCUACUCUUCGACCAGUCCAAGAAGCAUUUGUAUGUCAUGACUCAGUCAAUGGUGACCAAGAUUCCCAUAUUCGAAUGCUCCCAGUACACUGACUGUGAAUCAUGUUUAGCACUGAGGGAUCCAUACUGUGGCUGGUGUGCUCUCCAAGGAAGGUGCAGCCGUCGCUCCGAAUGCACCAGGUUCCGAGUGAGCGAGCAGUGGCUCUGGGGCUUUAAUUCAACUCAGCAGUGCUUGUCUGUCCAGUCGCUGAGCCCAGCCAACAUCAGCAGAGAAGAACAGAGAACUAUAUUCCUAACGCUUUCAGAUCUGCCGCCCCUGCGGGACGGAGAGUCAUAUUCAUGCUUCUUCGAAGAGUACGAGAGCCCAGCAGUGCUGGUGGGGUCGGGCAUCGUGUGUCCGUCACCAGAUCCCAGCCAAACACCAAGUCUGAAAACAGGAACAGACCACAUAACCAUUCAGCUGGUGGUGCGUUUCCAUGAUGUUUUUAUUGCUUCAACCUCAUUCUCCUUCUAUGACUGUGCAGCAGUGGCCUCUUUGAGGAAAUCUGCACCAUGCCAGGUGUGUGUGAGCAGCCACUGGGGGUGUAAUUGGUGCGUCCAUCAACACCUCUGCACUCAUAAGACCACCUGUGAAGAAGGGACCAUCAUCUACAACGAAAGGAGAGAAGAGUUAAGCUGGGGGCCAGAAGCCUGUCCCUGCGUGCGGGGCAUUCAGGGGUCCUCUCUGAUGCCAGUCAAUGUGCAGAGGAAGAUAACCCUGAUUGGGAGAAAUUUCCACCUCUAUCAGGAUCAGCUGUGGGACUAUGAGUGUGCUUUGGUUCUGGAAGGCAAGACCUUGGUGGUGGAUGCGUACAUUGAACAGGAUGAAACAAACCCAUCCCUUUGCUAUAUCACGUGUGAGCUGCACCAGUACAGCUACUCGGCCCCCCAGUUGGAAUUCAAUGCUGCUGUUUUCGUGCAGAGGAAGCGGCGCCUCCGUGUGGACAGCAUAGAAGAUCUCCAUGUGACUCUGUACAACUGCUCGGUGGGCCACUCGGACUGCAGCCGCUGCCAGACUGCUGAUGCCAAGUAUAACUGUGUGUGGUGUGGCGGGGAACGGCCCAGCUGCCUCUUCCAGGACUCCUGCAAAGAAAAGGUGGCAGACAUGUGCCCAGCCCCGCUGAUCCAUUCUAUUUCUCCCUCAACCGGACUGGUUGAAGGGGGCACCAGAAUCACCAUCAUGGGCUCAAACCUUGGCCAGAAGCACGAAGAUAUUGCAGACACUGUCACCGUGGCAGGAAUCCCUUGUGAGGUUGAUCCUGAAGCGUAUGAGAUCUCCAGCAGUAUCGUGUGCACCACCGGCGAAAGCGGGACGGAGAGGUCUGGGCACGUGGUCGUGGAGGUUCCUGGAGGAGGACAGGGGAUCUCUGCUCACGUUUUCACUUACCAGAACCCAGAGCUGAAAUCCUUUUCUCCAUCUCGUGGCCCCAAGGCCGGAGGCACCUGCCUGACACUGACGGGAUCCAAGCUGUUGACCGGAAACCCCAGCGAAAUCAGCAUCCUGAUUGGGCACCUCCCUUGCUACAUUCAUUCCGAGAUGCAGGAGGACAAGCUGCAGUGCCAGACGAGUCACAGCAAUAUAUCCGUGGAACUUCCUAUCACCGUCAAGUACGAGCAUCACGAACGAAGACUGGAGGGUUCCCUCUUCAGAUACACCCUGGACCCCAACGUCACCUUUGCAGAACCGUCCAAGAGCUUCCAGAGUGGCGGGAGGCAGAUUCGAGUUCACGGGCAUAACCUUGAUGUUGUACAAUGGCCGAAAAUUCGUGUGACAGUUUCACCACCGGAACGCCGUCGCCGGGGCCUGGGGAGGUGGCGUAGGAUUAUCCCAGAAACAGAAUGCCCCGAGAAUGCUCUCUGUAGUGUCCAGCAAUUUGAAGAGCCAUGUGAAGUUAACUCCUCCAACCUCAUCCUGUGCAAAACGCCGGCCAUUAAGUCGCAUCCCCCCUCCAUCCAAGUGAAACUGGAGUUCGUGUUGGAUAAUCUCAGCUUUGACUUCAACUCUUUGCACCCAUCCCGCUUCUCCUAUGAGGUGGACCCCGUCCUGAAGCCCCUGAAUGCGGAUGAUCACACCAAACCCUAUCGUCACAAGCCCGGAAGUGUCAUCUCUGUUGAGGGAGAGAAUCUGGACUUGGCCAUUUCAAAAGAUGAGGUGGAAGCCAGGAUCGGCAUUGGGGUCUGCGGAGUCAAGACCCUUACGAAGCACCAUCUCUACUGUGAACCCCCGUCUGAGCAACCUGCCCCUCUGCACAGAGCCAAGCGGGAGGGCACAGACUCGCUGCCAGAGUUCACAGUUCAGAUGGGGAACAAAAACUUCCGACUGGGUCGUGUGCAGUACGACACGGAGAGUCAGCUCACCUUCCCCCUGGAGGCCCAGAUUGGCUUGGGCGUGGGAGCCUCUUUUGUGGCUUUGGUCGUGCUAAUCAUUGUUUACAUCUACAGGAAGAAGAGCAAACAGGCUCUGAGGGAUUACAAAAAAGUUCAGAUCCAACUAGAAAAUCUGGAAACCAGCGUCCGAGAUCGGUGCAAAAAAGAAUUCACAGACCUCAUGACGGAGAUGAUGGAUCUCACCAGUGACUUAGUUGGCACUGGAAUUCCUUUCUUGGAUUACAAGUCCUACGCAGAACGCAUCUUCUUCCCCGGUCACCGCGAGUCACCCAUUCAAAGAGGUCUAGACGUACCAGAAUGUCGGAGGCAGACGGUAGAACAGGGCUUGGUGCAGCUUUCCAACCUCCUCAAUAGCAAACUCUUUCUCACCAAGUUCAUCCACACCCUGGAGAUCCAGCGGACGUUCUCUCCAAGGGACCGGGCUUAUGUCGCUUCCCUUCUCACAGUCUCAUUGCAUGGGAAGCUUGAGUACUUCACAGACAUCCUCAAGACUCUGCUGAAUGACUUGGUGGAGCAAUAUGUAGCCAAGAACCCCAAACUGAUGCUGAGAAGGACAGAAACAGUGGUGGAGAAGCUGUUGACCAACUGGAUGUCCAUCUGUCUGUAUGCAUUUGUAAGGGACUCUGUUGGGGAGCCUAUGCCCGUCCGAGGCAUCAAGCACCAGGUGGACAAGGGGCCAGUGGACUGGGUGACCGGGAAGGCCAAGUACACCCUGAAUGACAACCGCCUUCUCCGAGAGGACCUGGAGUAUCGCACACUGACGUUAACCGCCUUGCCGCAAGCCGGGAGCGCAGUGGGAGGAGCAGAGGGUGCCCAGGGGGUACUGGUGAAGGUGCUGGACUGCGACACAAUCACCCAGGUGAAGGACAAGAUCCUCGACCAGAUCUACAAAGGGACACCUUACUGCCACCGGCCAGACCCAGAUGCUCUUGACCUGGAGUGGAGAUCAGGCCUGGCGGGGCACCUCAUCCUCUCCGAUGAGGAUGUGACGUCAGUUGUCCAAGGCAAUUGGAAGCGCCUCAACACCGUACAGCACUACAAGGUGCCUGAUGGAGCAACCGUCGCUCUCGUUCCUCGUAUGACCAAGCACCUUCCCAGGGAGAACCAGGAUUACAUCCCUGGAGAGAAGACCCCAAUGUUGGAGGACGCAGAUGAAGGUGGGAUGAAGCUUUGGCACCUGGUGAAGCCAACGGAGGAGCCAGAGCUGCCGAAACAUCGCCGAGGGAGCCUGCGGGAAAGGGAAAGGGCCAAGGCCAUUCCUGAAAUCUACCUGACUCGCCUCCUCUCCAUGAAGGGAACCCUGCAGAAGUUUGUGGACGACCUGUUCCAAGUGAUCCUCAGCACCAGCCGUCCCGUUCCCCUGGCUGUGAAGUAUUUCUUUGACCUGCUGGAUGAGCAGGCAGUGCAGCAUGGGAUUACAGACCCAGAGACCAUCCAUAUCUGGAAGACAAACAGCCUACCCCUGAGGUUCUGGGUCAACAUUAUCAAGAACCCCCAGUUUGUUUUUGAUGUGCAGACUUCAGAUAACGUGGAGGCCGUGCUCCUGGUCAUCGCGCAGACCUUCAUGGACUCCUGCACCCUUGCUGAUCACAAGCUGGGUCGGGACUCUCCCAUUAACAAGCUGCUCUAUGCCCGUGACAUUCCACGCUACAAGCAGAUGGUGGAAAGAUACUAUGCUGAUAUCCGGCAGACGAUCUCUGCCAGCGACCAAGAGAUGAACUCUGCCCUGGCUGAACUAUCACGGAAUUACUCAGGUGAACUCAAUUCUCUGGUGGCUCUGCACGAACUCUACAAGUACAUCAACAAGUACUAUGACCAGAUCAUCACCGCCCUGGAGGAGGACCCGACGGCCCAGAAGAUGCAGCUGGGCUACCGCCUGCAGCAGAUUGCCGCCGCAGUGGAAAACAAAGUCACAGACUUGUGA